CCGGCUGUAGCUUGACUGGAGGGUUUCUCUGUCUGGUGUGGCAUUCACAUCCAGCAUCGCUUGGCUUCCCCUGCUCACUGGCCUGACUCCAGGGACUUGAAGUAGGCAGAACAGACAGACAGACAGCAAAGAAGGGCAGAGUGCAUGUAUGCUGGAGAGAGAUAAGUGAGUUCAUAAGUAGGAGGGAAAAAAACAGAGGUCCACGGAAUAGAAAAAAAAGGAAGAAACAGGUGAGAAGGCAACCAGUUGAAAAGGAAUCUAAAAGACCCAGUACUAAAAAGAGGUUGAUCAGCUGACAAUACAAAUCCACUGACAUGGCAGCCAUGGAAGCACUGGAAUCGUCAAGUAGCCUGCUGGAGCCUCAAACCCUCACUGAGAUCUCAGACGAUGAGGUCAAUCUCCCACCUUCAGAUGAUGAAGAUGAUGCCCUUGCCGCAGCCAAGAAAGAGCUGUCGAUCUUGGGUACAGAGGGGGACAACACUGAAGACAAGGACGAGGCAGCGAAGCUGGACCCACAGGCAAAUGGGGUUGUGGUACUGUCUUUGCUUGACAAGAUCAUUGGAGCUGUGGACCAGAUCCAGCAGACCCAGAGUGGGCUGGAGGCCAGACAGCAGGAGAUGGAGCGUUCAGUGACCAGCAUCCAAGGCGAGCUGACAAAACUGUCCAAGAGCCACAGCACCACAUCCAACAGCGUCAAUAAGAUGAUGGAGAAGGUACGCAAGGUGAGCGUCAACGUCAAGACAGUGCGGGCCACAUUGGAGAAGCAAGGAGGCCAGAUCAAGAAGCUGGAGAACAACGAGGCAGAGCUGCUUAAGAGACGCAACUUUAAAGUCAUGAUCUAUCAGGAUGAAGUGAAGAUUCCCUCAAAGCUCAGCAUCUCUAAAUCCAUGAAAGUUUCUGAGUCUGUGUCAGGAAGCAGAGGUGGCAGUAUGCUAGAGCUCAAAGAAGCUGUGGAAGAGCCUGGAGAGGAGGGAGAAGGUGAAAAGGUAGACAGACCCCAUAUAGAUCUCUCAUCAGAUGAGGAGGGUGUGGAGAUUGAGGAGACCAUUGAGGAGUCUCGAGCUGAACGGAUCAAGCGCAGCAGCCUGCAGCGUGUGCAAACCCUGAAGACCGUUUUCUCAAAGGAGAAGAUGGAUAAGACCAGAGCAAAAACCAAAGAGAACCUGGAGAAAACCCGACAAAAAACCAAGGAGAACCUUGAAAAAACAAAGCAGAAGACAAAGGAGAAUCUGGAAAAGACAAAGCAGAAAACCAAGGAGAAUUUAGAAAAGACCAAGCAGAAGACCAAGGAGAACCUGGAGAAGACACGUCACAAUAUUGAGAAGAAGAUGGGAAAACUUCAAACGCGCAUGAGUGUCAAUCCUGACCGCAAACAGAAGAUGAAGACAUCCAGUGACAAGAUGAAGAAGGCCUUUACACCAGACCACGUUGUUUAUGCUCGGUCCAAGACUGCUGUGUACAAGGUGCCCCCCUUUACCUUCCAUGUCAAGAAAGUUCGUGAAGGUGCUGUUGAAGUGGUUCAAGGCACUGAGAUGGUGGAGGUGUCCCAGGAUGCUGACCCCUUCAGUGGGGUAGAUGCAGACGUUGAGGAAGGCGGAGUGGAGGUUGAGAUGGAGAUGAUGAAUGGAGGUGGGGAUGACGAAGAGAUUGACGAAGAUGAAGAGGAGGAAAGCCAUGAUGCCUUGGAGGAGAAUGAGGACAGGGAUAGAGACAGCGACUAAAUAUAGAACAAGGAAUUUGCCAAGACCAUUACAAAAUCCUUUGCACCAUCCCUAAGGUUCUUUUGUAAAACCUAAAAAAAAAAUGUUGGGAUUGAGAACACUAAAAACACUAAAAAAUGAUUGAGGCUGAUUACAAAUAGGUCCUAUUUUUGUAAUUCUGGCCAUUAUUCUUUCCAGUUAAGAUACCUUUGUACUCAUUAAAGUACUUCAUGAGAACAUGGCAAUGUCACUACAGGUUUGACUGAUCAGUCAGAUGAUCAGACAGGUGGUGAACAAGUGAACAGAAAUGAUGCAUCAAAAUUUAUCACAACAGCCGCCUGUACAAACAUAACAACAGUAAAUAUUGCAGCCUAGUAAUGUCUGCCUUUGUAUUCUCUUCUGAAAGAAAUUGUAACAUAUAGUGUGAAUGCUGCCACUUGUAAGUAGAAUUUUUACUUUCUGCCCAUCACCAAAGAGCUGUCAGACAAAGCGAGCUAUGUGAUCAUGAAGAAAGAACAUUUAGCAGCUAAGGAGACAGAUAUUUUCCUCAGGUUGGACUAACUACAAUAUAUUGGGACAUAUGCAACUCCAAAACAAUGCCAAUUUUUCUUGUUUGCUAGAGUUGUAAAUAAGUGUUGACUAAUACAUUUUUACACACUUUAUGAAGUGUGAUAGAUGUUGUGCUCUCUACAGCUACUUGUGCUGCCUUUAAAAGUUCAAGAAAUGUAAAAAAUCAAAGUUAGGACCAGGUAGAAUUUGAAAAACUACAUAUUGCAUAAACAGUGGGAAAAAAUGGAAGAUAGUAGUUACCUAUGUCUUUGCUCAUUUUUAAAUUCCAGCAGCUAAUCUGUCCAUGAGUUGUUACAUUUCCAGUUCUCAACAGGUAACUUGGUCAAGACAGUAUUAUUACUAAGAACAGGAAUGAUGGCCAAAACUACAAAAAUAAGACUCAAGUUGGAAAAAUGUAAUUAUCAUUUAACAAGUUUUAUUUUAUUUGACUACAGAUUGUGUGCCUAAAAAUCAUAAUUGAAAUGAUUUAAUGGAUGUCUUCCAACAUUUCCAAAAGCACUUGAUGGGUUGUUUAGAGUCUGUUUGUAGUUUGUGGAGUAAAUGAUAAUGAAUUAAUAAAGGAAGACACAAAGUGGAAAGAGGAGCAUCAACUUUGCUGUGGGUGGGGCUGAGGAAGAUAAGAUGGGCAGCAGGUGAACUGGCACAAGGGGAGGACACCGUCAUCAUCAUCAUCCCCGAAUUUCAUUUUCUGUCCCAUGUUUUAUGUCAGGACACUAACCAUUCACAACUAGUGUGAUGAGAAUAUGGAAAUGACUCUCCUGUCCAUUGAAUUUCAGUAGUGUUUGAUGAAAAUGAUUUUGGGUAUAGCAUAUUCCCAACACACUGAGUAUAUAUUCAUGCUUAACCAGAAAUUCUUUGUGCUUCAGAUAUAUCACAUAUCACACACACAAAACUAUUCCUUCCACUUCUAUGCUGUUCAGCUGUUGAAUGCUUAAGUGUUAUUCUACUCUGCUUAAUUUACCGUAUUUAGAGGCUCAGUGAUGUCUGUUAUAAUGUUUAGGUUUUGAUGUGCACAAGUAUUUCUGUAUGAUUUGUAUAUGAACACUCUUGACAUUAGGCUGAUGUUGUCUCUUUUUCAUUGCUGUCAGAAUGUAGCCUAAUGGCGGUCUCUUCAGCUCAACUCGUUUCAUGCAGUAUUUUUAUGUAACAAGUUGCUGCCAUUGUUCCCAAAAAAGAAUCAUUACCUGUGAAAAUGAAGGUCUGCAAAAUAUAACGUAGAGACAUCACAUUUCCCUCACUAAUGAAAUUUAUGUGUUUUUUUUCUGAUGAAAAUUUUGUUCUUUAAAAUCUGUUAUGAGUUAUUCAAAAAUGUGUUCCAUAAAUAAACUUAAUAAGGACCAAUACUUUCCGCACAUCUCACAAACCUCUGGUGGAACCAGUUUAGACUCUAGUCGACGCUGUGAGUGUGUAUAACUGCUGCGGUCUGACACUGACCCCUAGUGUCCAGUCAUCUCACUAUAAUUGUUUCUGCUCCAGAUUAAAGGUGCAUUUUACCAGAUCUUCCAACGUCAUUUCAAAUGACAAUUUUAUUCAGAUAUGCCUACUAUUAUUCAGAUUUGCUUGUUUGAAAUAAGAUGUAUAAAUGUGUUUCAUAUUUUUGCCACCACUGGUGGUAUUUUAGGAGUGCCUUGCAAAAAUGAAUUUAAGGAUUCAUUUUUUUCUCUCUUGAAUGUUUUGCAUUUUUGUCGCCUAUACAUUUCCAUCUGCAUAUACAUUUUCUUAACUAAUCCUGGUGAGGGGAUGGGGGAGGUUGCAACUUUUCCAGGCAUACUGAAGGGUGUUCACCCUGGGCAGGUCUGCAGUCCAAAGAGCUAAUGCUGAUAGAAACAAAGGAUACAUGUUUGAAUCCAAGUAAGAGCAUUUGUCGUCACCACAGUAUGUGUACUGUCAAAGUUUAGUUUCAAGCUCAAACUCAUCACCAUUUCAUGUGUGUUCCCUUUUUCAUAUAAUGUGAAGCACUCCCAGUGCAGAUUUAUAGCGGCAGUUUUGUUAUCUGCUCUCUGCACUUCUUCUGUGUUUAGCCUUCGAGCCAAUUUAUUAUAGUGUUCACACAGAUUUUACAGUGCAACAAAUGACCCUUACAACUACAUGCAAACAAGUAUUUUAUCCUUUUCAUGUACAGUUGUGGUAGAGACCUUCAGUGGUUUAAUGCUCAAACCUUCAAAAUGGAUCAACAAUGCCAUGUCUGUCAGAGCAGUAACAACAUGCAGCUGCAGCGAGGCCUGGUGCCAAUGAAACACAAAAUGUAGUUCACAUUUAACUGUUUCCUUGCUUUUGUUUUGUCAGUAACUCUGUAUAAUGUUGCAUUGCUUAACCACUAAUGAUUUAAUUAAUAAAAGCUAUUUGGUUCACA